AUGGAGCCCUCGACCCAACCCCAGCAAAAUCCACAACCUUAUUCGCCCGGCAACGACCGCGUAGCACCUGUGGAACUGUUGCCCAACUCGGCCAGCCCCACCGCGCCGUCCCCACCCGCCAACGAGUCGCAGCCAAGUGAAAGAUCGCCGCAAAACGAUAAUGAGCAUCUGCCCCCCUCAUACCAGAAGGUCGUGGGCUCCCCCGUCGCGCCCCCAGUCGCGCAGACCGUUGGGGGCGUCACGGUGACGCCCCGCGAGAGCCUCCGCGAGUCGCCCGCCCUGGUGGAAUGCCAGUGGUGUCACCACGCCGGCGUCACUCGUGUCGUGCAGGAAAGCUCCGGUCAAACAGGCGUCGCGGCCUUUUUGUGCUGUAUCUUCUGCGGCUUCAUCGGCGCCGUCAUCCCCUACAUCGCCAAGUGGUCCUACAAUACCCACCACCACUGCCCCAACUGCCAGAAGGUUAUCGCCAUCCUACCGCACGAUGGCGCCCUCGAGGUGCAGCGACCUACGCCCCAACCCCAGGCCAAUCGGGCGGGGCCGAACGCAAAAUUGGCAUGA